GAGAGGCAUGAUAUCAUGAUUCAGUUGUGUUGUAUAAAACAUUAAUGCAAUAUUUAGAAGCUUAUAUUAUCUUGAAUUUGUUAUCUUUGCUCUUUCUCUUCAAGUUUAAUUCGUAUUUGAAAAUGUCAUAGCCGGAUCCGGGAUUUGAUAUUAGAGGGUGCGCAACCAAUGACGUUCGCGCUAACCCGCUGAAGGCACGAAAUGUGUUAUGGACGUCUCUUAGACGAGUUUGGCAAAUUUAGUCUAAAACGGUGCAUUAUGGUGUAAAAUAUGUAUGUAUUUUCUUCCAAUAUUGAAAUGAAAAGUUCACUUAGACUAUUUGAUGAAUUGUAUCAUGAAAGAGAUAAGUAUUAAAAAAGAAAAGAAAACAUAAGUUAUGUGUAGGCCAACAUUUUUAGAAUACGUGACCUUGUAUCAUACAACAUUGUAUAUUCAACCGAAUGGAUUACAUAUUAUACUUUCAAUCUAUACAUUCAAAACAUAUGUCAUGAAACCACUAGUAUCAAAAAUGGCAAGUGUGGUGUUUAAUCAAUGUUUUAAACACUUAAACUAUUGUUUGGAAAUGGCGUGUUGACGUGAGGUGAACAUUUUUUUGCAGAUUCUCAAGAGAGUAACGUCAUAAAUCAAAUGACGUCAAAAUCGACGUGACAACAACGUCUUUCUGUCUAAAAUGAAACUAGCUGCGAGUAAAAGCUUGAUCAUUUAUUAAUUUUUUUAAAGAUAAGAUUGUCGAGCACCAGCAAAACAUGUGUAUAGUUUUUCAGCUGAAUUAACUCACGUAUUGACGUGGUCACUUGUUGAAAAUGGCGACUGGACAAGUUCUUCAAUUCGGAAGCCCGCUUCCGUCACUCAGCACAUGUGUUCCGUGUUCCCCGGAAGUGUUUCACCAGGUGACAGGACAGUUGCCACGGCCGGUAAAAUCUCCCGCGCUCCCUUGCGCCGUAUCCGGGACGCCUUCACCACGAACCACCAGCACACAACUACCCUACAUCCGGCGCGGCCGUAUGAACGGAUAUGCCACCAAGACCCUAGCAUACGGCGCUCCAGAUAUCGUUAAAAAGAUCUACACAGGUCAGCUUCCGAUGACUUACUUUAACGACAUCUGCUAUGGCCGGAAGUCGACACCACAGGAGUUCCAAUACUCAACACCUCUGAUGAAUCGCGUAAAGGAAUUAUGGGAACCAAAGAGCGUGUCACAAGAACAAGGGCGGCACGUGCUCAUGGACAUUCAGGAUGCCAGAGUACGCCGAUAUAAUCAGAUCGAAAGCCAGUGCGCCCGGAAGCGGAUGAUCCGGUGUAAACGGACGGAGGCGGCGCUCAUGAGGAAGGCCGAAAUCACGCCCCGUGGUGUCCAGGCCUACCUUGUCCGUCUAGAAAGAGAGAAGGAGAAACUCGACGAGCGCAUCCGGGAGCGCAAGUGUGGAAGACGAAAAGGGUCAACAAUGUGAUUUUGGAAGAUGCAUAGCAUUUAUCUUUAUACUUUAAAACAUUUAAUUUAUUUUUCUUUCAUGAUUGUCCUUAAUAUAAUUGUUUUGAAUUUCGGAAAAGAUUCAAUUUACUUGAUAUAUUCGGACCUAGUUUGUUCAUGAGAAAUGUACCCAAUUCCUUUAAAGAAAUACAUUUGAAUACUUAAA